CUUCUUUUUUUUUUUUUUUUUUUCCUUUGCCUUAUGGAAAUCAGAUUUGGAAAGGUGAACCCAUGUGCCUGGAUUCGCUGGGUUUGUCGCGAUUCCAGGCAUGGGGUUCAUCGCGAACCCAGGCAACAAAAGAUUGAGUAUAGAAGGGAUGGUGUUCAUAUUGAAAAGGUCGGGGUAUAGCUCGAGGGCUUCAGCGAGGAUCUUGAGCUUUCGGAGGUUGCCCUGGAGGUCUACCUCGGAGUCCGCAAAGUGCUCCAACUGGUUUUGGUCAUUGUCACCGUCGAAUGUGAUGGAGCUGUCCCGCUUGCGUUUCUUAGGGUUUGCGACUUCCAUGGUGUUCAGAGCAGAGAUUGAGCCUCAAGAUCCAGCCUUCUACAAGGAAUUUCAAAGAUCGAAGGAACACCCUACGACAUUGCAUUCACCCACCACUCCUUUCCUUCUCAAGCAUUGCUCCAGUUGUUUCCUCACUCCAUUGCCUUUCAUGUCUAUUUGAAAUUGGGGAUGGGUUUGAAAUGGUUUCAGAGUGAUUUGGCCAGGUUUUUUAUUCCACCCUACUUUCUUAUUGUUGUUGCUCAACAAAAAUCAAACUUCAUUGGUAGAAUGGAAAUGGCAACCUGAUGUGGUGAAUUUGUGCUGCUUUGUCUAUGCCUCGGCUAUGCGAAAAUGAUCCAGAUGUUGCCAUGGAAAUCAAUGUGCCUUCUUCUC